GGUCACAGAACCGGAAGUGACGGAAUUUUCCGCAACACCGCUGAAACCUGGCAACCUCGGCCAAUCACAGUUCAACUUGGAAUAACGUCUUUGCGAGUGCGACAUCCCGCCUUGUUCAGAACCGCAGAAGUUUGUCUGUUACUCGGAAAAUAAGUGAAAACCCUCCGACAUCAAACCCGAGGAGUGAGGUCCGUGUGAGAGAUGGGGAGAGAGAAGGAGGCUAAAGGAGACGGGAAGCCCAAACACAAGGCUGCGAAACUGAAGAGGCUGAGUGACCAUGACAGUGCCGGGGCCGGUGGAGACACGCUCAGAGACAGCACAAAGCCAAAUAAAUCUGCAGAGAAAACCGAUAAUGGAAAGUCUAAGAAGGUCAAAACACCUAAGACAGAGACCCAGGAGUCAGCCAACAGUCUCAGUUAUUUGGUGAAAGAGGAGCCAGAGGAGGAGGACUUUACCGUGAAGAAGAAAGGGUUGAAAAGGAAAAGAAUUAAAGACGAGCACAUGGACAGUCCUUCGCAUCCUACUGCAAAAACUAACUCCAAGAAGAAAAAAAAGCUACCUGGGCUGGAAGACGAAAGUGGCAGAGAAGCUCAGAAAAAGAAGUCAAAGAAGAGGGCAGAAAAGGCAGUAAAGAAGGAGGAAGGAGAGCACCCAGUCUCCCAAAAACCUAAGAAGACAAAGCAGGAGGUUAAGGAGGCAAAACUGCUGAAGAUCAAAAAGAAAGAAGAGGAGGAGCAGAAUCGCUGGAGAUGGUGGGAGGAAGAAAAAUAUGAACAUGGGGUGAAAUGGAAGUUCCUGGAACACAAAGGACCUUACUUCUCCCCUGAGUACCAGCCUCUACCUGAUGACGUUCACUUUCUCUACAAAGGUAAGCAGGUGAAGCUGAGCCUGGCCGCUGAGGAGGUGGCAAUGUUCUUUGCCCAGAUGCUGGACCAUGAGUACACCACCAAAACAGUCUUCAGAGAGAACUUCUUUCAAGACUGGAGGAAGGAGAUGACCCAUGAGGAGAGAUUACUGAUUCAGGAUCUUGACAAAUGUGACUUUGGAGAGAUGCACGCGAUGCACAAAGCCAAGGUGGAGGCCAGGAAAAACAUGAGCAAGGAGGAGAAACUGGAUUUGAAAAAAGCCAAUCAGAAGAUAGUGGAUGAGUAUGGCUUCUGUCUGCUGGACCACCACAAAGAGCGUAUCGGCAACUUUAAGAUUGAGCCUCCAGGGCUGUUCAGGGGCAGAGGCGAACACCCAAAACAGGGCAUGCUGAAGAAAAGGAUCCAGCCAGAGAACGUCAUCAUCAACUGCAGCGAAGGGUGUGUCCCGGUGCCCCCUGUUGGUCACCGCUGGAAAGAAGUUAGACAUGACAACACUGUGACGUGGCUGGCCGGCUGGACUGAGAACAUCCAGAAUGCCAAUAAAUACGUCAUGCUCAACGCCAACUCAAAACUCAAGGGAGAGAAGGACUGGGAGAAAUACGAGGUCGCCAGGAAACUGAAGACAUGUGUGGACGAUAUCCGUAAGCAAUACCUCCUGGAUCUGAAGUCUAAAGAGAUGCGCACUCGCCAGAGAGCUGUGGCCCUCUACUUCAUAGACAAGCUGGCACUGAGAGCUGGUAAUGAGAAGGAGGAGGGUGAGACGGCAGACACGGUGGGCUGCUGCUCGCUCCGUCUCGAGCACAUCACCCUGCACGAGAAACUGGACGGCAGCGAUUGUGUGGUGGAGUUCGACUUCCUGGGUAAAGACUGCAUUCGCUACUACAACAAAGUCCCUGUCAUCAACAAGGUUUUUAAGAACCUUAAACUCUUCAUGGAGAACAAAAAACCUGGAGAUGCACUCUUCGACAGACUUGGUACAGGCCUGAUGAACAAGCAUCUCAGUUCCCUGAUGCCGGGUCUGACUGCGAAGGUCUUCAGGACGUAUAACGCCUCCAUCACCCUGCAGCAGCAGCUCAAAGAGCUCACAAACAAGUCUGACAAUGAGGCAGAGAAACUGCUGUCCUAUAACAGAGCUAACAGAGCAGUUGCUAUUCUCUGUAACCACCAGCGGGCACCGCCAAAGACUUUUGAUCAGUCUAUGGCAAACCUACAGGCCAAGAUUGAUGAUAGAAAGGAGAAGCUGGCCCUGGCUAAGACAGAGCUAAAACAGGCCAAGAAGGAGGCCAAGACUAAAGGCAGCUCAGACCCAAAGCUGCAGGUUCUGGUGGAACGGAAGAAGGUAGCGGUGCGGCGCUGUGAAGAGCAACUGCUGAAGAUGGAGGUCCAGGCAACUGAUAAAGAGGAGAACAAACAGAUUGCACUGGGUACCUCCAAGCUCAACUAUCUGGACCCACGCAUUAGUGUGGCUUGGAGUCGGAACAUGGAGGUACCUGUAGAAAAAAUAUAUAAUAAGAACCUUAGGGACAAGUUUGCCUGGGCCAUGGACAUGACAGAGCUCGACUUUGUAUUCUAACUUCAAACUUAUAAAACGUUCUCAUAAGCCGACACUGUGAUGCAAUUAAGGAACCACUUUAUAGAACAUACAGUACUUUAAUGUUGCAUUAGAACGUUCAAAGACUGCUGAUGUUGAACUCAAGCUCCAUCCUUGUGACAAAUUUUGUUUACUGCUGUCAAUUCCUCGUUAAUUAUGCACUUCACUUUGAAAAAUGUUGGUUAGUUUUAAGUUUGUUCAUUUUGUUUGUAUUCGUUUGAAUAAAGGUUCCUGUUAUGCAGUGACAGUGUAUUUACAGUUUGUCAAAAAUUAACCUUUGUGUGAAAAUGAUAAAUAUCUCUAAUUCCAUCUGUGAUAAAUGUGACAUAAGAACAUUUUAAACGAUAUAGAAGAUAAAUUCCCUGUUGAUCAGCUCAGCAGACCUUAAAGUCUAAUACUAAAAUGUCAUUUCAAUGCAUCAUAAACAAUAUAGAGCAAAAAAAAAAAAACCAUGCAACAAAGUCAUUCCAGAUAAUUUGCUUCUUAAAAUACAGCUUGAAAAAUUAACUGAAAAACAUUGAGCACCUCAGAGUUAAUUAUUUUUAAAAAAUGACUCAGCACCUGGCCAAAUAUUAUGUAAUACAUGACAAACAGUCGUAUUAAAUAGCUUUAAUAGAAGAAAAUCAGAAUUGGAAUGCAUCCAACAUCUUGGUCGUUAACAGUACUGCUUGUAAAACACUGCAGGCUUCAGAUGUUCAUGUUGGUGGGGAUGGAGCUUCUACUGGCCUGUCAGCCUGCAGGUUAUACUUCUCAGCACAGGCUUGGGCAAAGCUUUCCCCAUCGGCCAUCGCCUCACAGGACCGAAUUAACUAUGACAAACGAUGGCAGCGGAAAAAAA